AUGGACGCAAGAAAUUUAGGUAUUAUUGUAGCUCUUUUCGUCGUGUUGGAGGCAGGUGUUUGUGAAGGUCGCAGAUUUCCAGACAAAUCUUCCCACGGCCAUGGAGUCCAUUGGAGGGCUCAUGAUAUAGACGAAAAUAAGGAAGAUCAAGUUUCAUUAUUUUGUAGAAAACAGUUCAAACAAAUUACACAAGCUAUUCAGUAUUUUGCCCUUAAUUUACCAAAGCCAACAAACUAUAUCACAAACUCUGAUGCAACAUCAAUAAGAAAAACUCUUAUACAACAUAAAGCCAUUCUUAACCACCCUCCAAUACUAAAUCAAUCUUUCCAUAGACCAAAUGCUCGAAUCCUCAAACCAAAGGGCCGUCGCCGGAAAAGACCACCGCGGCGGCGGCGGCGGAGGCGCCGCCGCCCUCCAUGGCCACCGGAUCCAUCGCCAGGUCUAUCUCCAGCUUCCCCCAAUGCUCCUACUCCUACCAUGGCCCCAUCUCCAGAUGGAGAUGGGGCCCUGACUCCUGAUGGGGAUGGGGCCCCACUGCCUCCUGACAGGGCCCCACCAACUCCAGGCAGGGCCCCAUCGAGUCCUGGUGGGGCCUCACCUCCAACACCAACCCGUAAACCAUUUCCAAAACCUAAACCUUUACCUGAACGUGAACCUUUUCGAGAGCCUUCAUCCAAUUUUUCACCGGAAAAAGCCAGAAGGCCGCCGGAUUUGUCGCCGGAGGAUGAUAGCAAGGAGCGGAAGUUGCUGAUAAUUGCUGCAACUUCAACCACAGUGGCGGCAUUUGCUAUUUUCUCAUUGUUUUUGGUUUGCUUUCUUAGACUGAAGAAGCGGAGAAGGGGAGCUAAUAAUGAUGGAAGAGGGGAGGGAAGGAGGAAUCUUGCUAGUGGUCUUUCUCUGAAAUCCAAGAAACUCAAAAGUACAAAAGAGACAAAUCACAAUUUGUCCACCAAUGGUGCUUCCGUUCCUGAAGAUGAAGAAUCAGAAGUUGGAUCAUUCCCACUUCCACCUGUACUAACCACUCCUCUACCACCUCAAUCACCUCCAACACCUCCACCACCGCCACCACCACCACCACCACCACCUUCACCUCUAGCCUCGAAAGAAACACCACCCCCACCACCUCCAAAGCCUCCUAAUGUCCCUAAUCCACCAAAGAAAAAGCCACCCCCACCUGCUCCAAUACCCAAAGAUGGAAAUGAUGAUGGUGAAGAUUCAGAUGCCAAUAAAACCAAGUUAAAACCGUUUUUCUGGGACAAAGUGAAUGCUAACCCUAAUAGAGCCAUGGUUUGGCACGAUAUUAAAUCCGGAUCAUUCCAGUUCAAUGAAGAAAUGAUGGAAAGUCUGUUUGGUGCCUCGAGUGUUCAAAACAAGAAUGAGAAUGGAAAAGCCCCAGCAAACCUACAAUCUCAACCCAAAUUGGUUCAAAUUAUUGAGCCCAAGAAAGCCCAGAAUCUUGCCAUUCUAUUAAAAGCAUUGAAUGUGACAACUCAAGAAGUCUCUGAUGCCGUUAGGGAAGGUAACGAGCUUCCAGUAGAAUUCAUCUCAACUUUGUUGAAAAUGGCACCGACUCAAGAUGAAGAACUAAAACUUCGGACAUAUAAUGGCGAUGUUGCUCUUCUUGGCCCUUCAGAAAAGUUCCUUAAAGCAUUGGUUGAUAUCCCUUUUGCAUUCAAACGUCUUGAAGCUUUGAUGUUUAUGGCUUCCCUUCCGGAAGAAUAUUCUUCCGUUAAAGAAUCCUUUGCGACUUUAGAGGUAGCUUGCACAGUGCUAACAAACAACCGACUCUUCCUGAAACUUCUAGAAGCAGUUCUUAAAACAGGCAACCGUAUGAAUGUGGGUACGUAUCGUGGUGGGGCCGAAGCGUUCAAACUCGACAACCUUUUAAAACUCUCCGAUGUCAAAGGAACAGAUGGCAAAACCACACUCCUAUCCUUCGUAGUCCAAGAAAUGAUCCGGUCAGAAGGAACCAAAGCUGCCCGAAGAGCCCGGACAAACCAAAGUUCAUCCAAAGACACUUCACAAUCACAACAACCAAGUAAAGAACCGCCCGAAAAUUACCGAAAAUUCGGCUUCGAAGUCGUUUCCAAGCUAAGCGAGGAGCUUGAGGACGUAAAAAAAGCCGCACUUAUUGACGGGGAUACCCUCACAUCAACGGUUUUGAAAUUAGGGCAUAUGUUAAGGAGAACAAAAGACUUUUUAUAUAAUGAGAUGAAAAAUGUGGAAGAAGAUACCGAAUUUCAGGUGUUUCUCACGGGGUUUGUGGAACGGGCGGAAGCUGAGAUCGGGUGGUUGUUGGAAGAGGAGAAGAGGAUAAUGGCGGUGGUGAAGAGCACGGGUGAUUAUUUCCAUGGGACAUCGAGGAAAGAUGAAGGUUUAAGGUUGUUUGUUAUUGUGCGUGAUUUCUUGCUACUUUUGGAUAGUGUUUGUAAUGAUAUUAAGAAAACGGCUGCUAUCCAAGCGAAGAAAAAACGGUCGGAUUCGGCGACUGCUUCGAUGGAAGGGUCGUUUGGGCCAAAGGAUAUACGUGAUAAGUUGUUUCCGUAUAAUAAAGAUGGGCAAUCGGGGUAUUCGAGUUCGGAUGAAGAGAGUGAUUCUCCUAGUUUUUGA